UUCCUCUUUUUUCGCUCUCUGCUUAUUCAGCCCGGCUUAUCUGCUUUGUCCGUGCAUGCCACUUAAAACUCUUCGGACUGUAGUUUUUACAUUUGAGCAAAUUAUUUUUCGUUCCAAUCAAUGAAGAAUAAUUCUGUGGCACAAGGGAAAGUUUUUGUUGGUGGAAUAUCUACGGAGACUACUGAAGAGAACUUAACACAACACUUCUGUCGUUAUGGAGAAGUUGCCAAGUCAGAAAUAAUCAAAUUUAGGGAGACAGGUCUCAGUAAAGGCUUUGGUUUUGUCACCUUUGCUGAUUCUUCUGUUAUCAAUCAACUUCUUCAAGACCAACAAAUCAUUCUUGGAAGAACGGUUGAUGUUAAAUUGGCGAUACCAAGAGGCCAAACUCGUCAACACCAACUUUUUUUAGACUGCCAACAAAUUCAAGGUCAUGUUAUUGGAACUAGCAGAAGUAACAGAAGGAAGAUUUUUGUUGGUGGAUUGCCUCUUGAUUUAUCAGAGGAAGUUUAUAAAAGGUUUUUUGGAAGAUUUGGAAGAAUUGAAAAUGCAAAAAUUAUCUUCAAUAGGGGAACAAAUACGUCUAGGGGAUUUGGAUUUGUCACCUAUGAUUUAGAGGAAUCUGUAACAAAUGUGUUGGUACAGAGAUUUUACUGGUUGAAUGGUAAAUAUGUUGAGGUAAAAAGGGCAUUGCCAAGAGAAUGGAGAGUUAUGAAUACUAGCAAUUACUAUUACUAUGAAAUGUGUCCAAUUUAUAAUUGUCAUGUGAUUUAUGGCCCUCAUUAUUGGUCCAGUCAUGAUAUGGUACCUAGUUGGCCUCUUUCCUUUAAUCAUUUGGGUAUAAAUGUACCAGCCCCACCACUUGUACCGCACCCACAACCCGCAUCAAUUUCAUCAACUUUUGCUCAAAACUCAGAAUCUCAGUUUCACAACUCUGUUUCUCAUGGAGGGGAUGGCCAAGGCAACAAUAUUGAGGUUCAACUUGCUACAAAUGGUUCACCUAGAGGGUGUAAUUAACCUCUAAGUUGGUCGAAUUUUUCAAAAAUAAUGUGGUAUUCGUGUCAAAUUCUUCAAAAUUAUACCAUUUUUAAAAAAUUCGACACGCACCAAUCAAAUUUUUGAAGAAUUCUGACAACAUAGAUUGACCUAAUAUUUUAUUUUUAAGAUGUUGUAUGUAACUUCUUGAACUUGAUCACCUUUGGUCAUAUAUGUACAACAUCUGAUAAAACUAGAAAAACUUCUCUGUGGUUAGUUUUGUGAUUAAUUACAUUCGCGUUGCUUCCGUUG